AUGGCUUCCAACUCUGUGAAGGAUUCUUCCAAUGGCGCUGCGGUGUCGCCUGGUAUCCUGCAGCACCCAUACAUGCGCGCUGCUCUUCCUUUCAUCAAUGGCGGUCUUUCCGGCAUGUGCGCUACCACUGUCAUCCAGCCUGUGGACAUGGUCAAGGUUCGUCUGCAGCUGGCCGGCGAAGGUGCAAAGACUGGUCCCCGUCCCACGGCUCUAGGAAUUACUCGCGACAUCAUCGCAUCUGGAAAGGCUCUUGACCUCUACACAGGUCUUUCUGCUGGUCUUCUCCGACAGGCUGUCUACACCACCGCCCGUCUUGGUCUCUUUGAAACUUUCAUCAAGUCUUUCAACGGCAAGGCUGAGGCCGCAAACCGCAAGGUCACUUUCGCUGAGCGCGCCGCCGCUGGUCUUGCUGCUGGUGGUGUCGCCGCUAUGAUCGGUAACCCAGCUGAUUUGGCUCUUAUUCGCAUGCAAUCUGAUGGUCUCAAGCCUAAGGCGAUCCGCGCUAACUACCGUUCGGUCUUUGAUGCAUUGGUUCGCAUUCCCCGCGCUGAGGGUGUGACUGCCUUGUGGGCAGGUGCUCUUCCGACCGUCAUCCGAGCUAUGGCUCUGAACAUGGGUCAACUUGCUUUCUUUGCGGAAUCUAAGGCUCAGCUUAAGCAGCACACUAGUCUCUCUACUCAGAACCAGACUUUUGCAGCCUCCGCGAUCGCAGGUUUCUUUGCUAGUUUCCUUUCGCUUCCAUUCGACUUUAUUAAGACCCGCUUGCAGAAGCAGCAGAAGGACAUUAAAACUGGCCAGGUUCCUUACCGUGGUGUCUUGGAUUGCGCCCGUAAGGUUGUUAAGGAGGAGGGCUGGUUGCGCUUCUACCGUGGAUUCGGAACUUACUAUGUCCGCAUUGCUCCUCAUGCGAUGGUGACCCUCAUUGUCGCUGAUUACCUGAACCUCAUUACCAAGUAA